AGGCAAUGCACUGGGCAGCACUUCCAGGAAAACCAUGUGCCAUCUACGCCUGAGUCUCUGGUUCCGGGAAACGGUGCGCCUCCAUUGCGAAGAGCCGAGCAAUGAGAGGUGACACUGAUGGCUCAAAGACUGGCACACUGACAAAAGAGCGGUUUCUGAAGCGUGCAGUGGGCAAGUGCCCAGAAGUGGAAAUUCACGCUGGGGGGGUAGCCAUCAAGUGCCUGUUAGACACUGGCAGUAACGUGAGUACUUUGACAGAGAGCUUCUUUAAAAAACAUCUUCAUGGGGAAGACAAAGACAUGCAUUGCACAAGUAAGUGGUUAAAGAUUACUGCCGCCAACGGGUUGCCUCUUCCCUACCUUGGGUAUGUUGAACUUGAUAUCCAAGUAAUGGGGUUGACUAUACCUGGGUGUGGGUUCUUGGUGAUACGUGACCAGAAUGAUGGGGAGACUGACUCAGCCCCCCCAGGCAUACUUGGCAUGAACAUUGAACAGCGGUGUAAACAAUUGAUUCUAGCUGAGUUUGACAAUGCUUUGAAGGGGACGUUGGAUGCUGACUGGAGAGCCGCCCUUAACCGAGUGCAAGAGGCUGCCCCAGUAGGAGCAAACUCUGUGAUCCGGGUAGCAGGCACACGUAAGUCGUACAUACCUGCUGCCUCAGUGGCUACAAUUCAGGCCAGAGCACAUAAAGAACUAGCUGAAAACAGAAACUUAAGGUUGUUUGAGCCAGGUAAGGCAUCAUUGUCAGGUGGUUUGGUCCUGAUUCCCACCUUGGUAUCACCCGGUAGGCGGGUAUUCCCAGUGCAGGUAGUAAACUUGUCCCCAGAAGGUGUGUGGUUGCCACCCAAGGUGAAACUAGGAGUACUUGGCCAGGGUCGUCGUGUUGAGAGUAGCUCCUGCGAAGUUAGAUUCCAUUGAAUCUCUGCAGAUCAUGAGGAAGUUAUGGUAAACCAGAGGUCAAUGACGGGGUUAGCAGUGACCUGCAGU